CGGUCCGGGUGGGUUCGUGGAUUGUAAAAUUGCCUUGCAGCAAGGCAAGCGCGUAUCGUACAAAGUCCAUCCACGCGCGUCUAACUGACCACCUAAUUUCUGACUGGCUUAAUCCAAGACAAUACUAUCUCUUCUUAAAGCUGCUUCUCAGUCCCCAAGUUCUCUAUUCUCGCCCUUUCAGCGUACUCUCUCCCAGCAAUGUCUUUCGCUUACCACAUUAUUUAAACUAUGAGACAUGGGAUUUUUCCGGCGACUUUUUGGCGCCAAAAAGUCCUGUCCUUCGCCUGCCAAGGAGAAGAGAAGGUGGAGCUUCGCUAGAUCUUCUAAUACGAUUUCGUCUCAGUUCAACAAGCGUGAAGUUUUAUCGGGUCCGUAUGACGAUAAUUUGGAUGCGAACAAGCACGCCAUAGCCGUGGCAGCGGCCACAGCGGCUGUUGCCGAGGCGGCACUCGCGGCGGCUCAAGCAGCAGCAGAGGUUGUGAGAUUGACUAGUGUUAGUGGUGGAGGUGGAAGAAGUACUGCCUCGGGUCACGUCAGUGGAAGUAAUCGCCGGCGGGAGGAGGAACUCGCCGCGAUCAAGAUACAAUCAGAGUUUCGUGGUUAUCUGGCAAGAAGAGCACUAAGAGCAUUGAAAGCACUAGUAAAGCUUCAAGCAUUAGUGAGGGGCCAUAUUGUGAGGAAGCAAACAGCAGACAUGCUCAGGCGAAUGCAAACGUUGGUGAGAGUGCAGGCUCGAGCUCGUGCUAGCCGCACUCAUGUGUCAGAAUCAUGGCAUUCUACGGGCAAGUCUUCUCAAUCACAGCAUACUGUUCCUGCAGCUCCUCAUAAGGAUCGCCUUCUUCAUGAAUAUGGCACUAAAUUCGAUGGGCCCUCCAUCCUUAAGAGGUGUGGUUCAAAUUCAAACCUGAGAGAGAUUAGACAUGUAGAUGAAGCAAAACUAGGUUCAAAUUGGUUAGAUCGUUGGAUGGAAGAAAGUUUCUGGAACAACCAUGGGAACAUCCCAAUGAGAAAUCGACAUGUUGAUGACGAAAAGAGUGACAAAAUCCUUGAAGUGGAUACUUGGAAGCCCCACAUGAAAUCCCAACAAAGUAUCAGAACCUUGCAGGCCUCACAGCACGUUAUGGCUUCAGAUCAUAACAAUCAGUUUACAUCUGACUUGCCAUCAAUAUUGUCAUCAAAAGCAACAUAUCAAAUGCCAACGGUCUCUCCCGGAGAAGUUUCAUCACUAAACUCUCUAAAUUUCCCCCUCAGAAAAGAUGAAGCAGUUAUGAGGAACGUGGAGAGCAACCCCUAUGCGUUCUCUCCGUCAUCUAGACCUGGAAGUAGUGGUAGAAGAGGUCCUUUUACACCCACAAGGAGUGAGUGCUCGUGGGGCUUUUUUAAUGGAUACUCUGGUUACCCGAACUACAUGGCCAACACGGAAUCCUUUCAGGCUAAGGUUAGAUCACAAAGUGCUCCAAAACAAAGGCUAGAGUUUGAAAAAUAUGGUUCAAGCAAAAGAUCAGUCCAGGGGUUUCAUGACGCAGACACUAUGUCAGAAAGAGGCUUUGCUCCACAGAUCAACUUUAGGAACAAAGCUUAUCCUGCUUCUGGGCGCUUGAAUAGAGUAGGGGGCGAUGUAAGGUGAAAAUUGCCUGUUUUUAAUAACUUUAUGUUCCUUUUUUGCUGUUUUUUCUGUUUUUUUUUUUUUUCCAUGCGUGGCAGAAUGCUAUUGUUGUAAGUAAUUAACCAUGUUCUUUCAAACUUCUUCCUUACAGAAUUGUUCUGGGUGUGUCAAAUGGAUGUAGUUGCCCAAAAUUGUGAUUGUACUUUGACUUAUUACUGUCGUUUGUUUCUUAAUGCGAAAAUUGCUAUAUUUACUUCCAA